AUGGUUAUGAACAAUUACGAUUGGUGGAAGGAGUUCAAAUUGCUGGAUUUUCUCAAACAGGUAGGGAGAUACGCUAGGGUAGGAACCAUGGUUGCUAAAGAGAGCGUGAAGAAGAGGCUUGAAUCCGAACAAGGAAUGAGCUACACGGAGUUCAGUUACCAGCUAUUACAGGGCUAUGAUUUUCUCUACCUCUUCCAGAACCAUGGAGUGAAUGUUCAUAUUGGAGGCAGUGAUCAGUGGGGGAACAUUACGGCAGGAACUGAUCUCAUUAGGAGAACCCUUCAGCCGAAGGAAGGCGAAGGAGGGUUCGGCUUAACUUUCCCUCUCCUGCUCAAGAGCGACGGGACCAAAUUUGGGAAAUCUGAGGAUGGAGCCAUUUGGUUGUCCUCUGCAAUGCUGUCUCCUUACCAGCACUUGUUCUCAGUUCCUGAUUCCAAUGUGAUCAAGUUUCUCAAGAUGCUGACUUUCCUCGACAUGAAGGUGGUAGAUGAGAUGGAAUUGCAGAUGCAGAGUCCGGGUUACUUGCCAAACACUGCACAGAAGCUGCUUGCAGAAGAGUUGACUCGAUUUGUCCAUGGCGAAGAAGGCCUUCGAGAGGCGAUCAAGGCUGCUGAGGCUUUGAGGCCUGGAGCCGAGACUAAGUUGGAUUGA